UCCUCUUUCGGCUUUGCUGGAGGUGGCCCUUUAUCUGUGGUGCUCGCAGCUUGAUUAAACUGAUCCCAGAGCAGCUGGUAUCAUGUUUCAGUACUAUGGUCAGCUCCGAGCCCUGCCUCUUUCUCCGAGCAGCAGCGCACCAACGCAUCAGCGUUACCUCUCUGCGACACCUCCCCUUUAGAUUUGCUCCCGUCAUUAAUUCCUCCUAUGUGCCACUGACUGGGAGAGUUGAAAGGCUUCGAAACCACAGAGCUACUUUGUGUUUAUAACACUUUAUUUUUUUUGCGAUGAGCUUGGAACAGUUUUUUUCUUGACAAAGAACAAUCUGAGGGCACAUCGGUCAGCUUUGGUACCUUUAAGGCGUCUUUCUGUUUUCUGCUCUCGCAGUUUUUCAAUUGCAACAGGUAGAGUCUUCAUCUAAGCUACCGCAGCAUGUUGGACCCGUCUUCAAGCGAGGAGGAAGGGGAAGAGAUACUGCAGGUGGAGCACAAAGAAGUGGCGGCCCCGAAGAACAUCGGGGGAGCCCGAUUGUCACCGGGCCGAGCCGCCGACGGCCAAGCCAACGGAGGGCUCCAGUCACGGGGUAGCGGGAGCGGCCGUGGUCGACCGUCAAGCCCGAGUCCGUCGGUUGGCAGCGACAAGGAAAAGGAGGACCUGGAAAAGAUGCAGCGAGAUGAGGAAGAGAGGAAAAAGAGACUCCAGCUGUAUGUGUUUGUGAUGCGCUGCAUCGCAUAUCCAUUUAACGCGAAACAACCGACUGAUAUGGCCAGGAGGCAGCAGAAGAUCAGUAAGCAGCAGCUACAGACAGUAAAGGAGCGUUUCCAGGCGUUUCUUAAUGGAGAAACUCAGAUUGUAGCUGAUGAGGCCUUCAUCAAUGCUGUACAGAGCUACUAUGAGCUGGACAACCCAGAUGAACAGGCAGCACAGAUCAGAAGAGAGCUGGAUGGACGACUUCAAAUGGCAGACCAGAUUGCUCGGUAUGGGGGGAAGUUCCCUCGGUUUGUCUCUAGAGAAAUGGAGGCCAUGUACAUUGAGGAGCUGCGAUCCUCUGUCAACCUUCUGAUGGCAAACCUGGAAAGCAUGCCAGUGUCCAAAGGAGGAGAGUUCAAGCUGCAGAAGCUAAAACGAGGCCACAACACCUCCAUCAUGGACAUGGGCCAGGAGGAUGAGAAUGCGCUGUCCAAGUCUGAUGUAGUGCUGUCCUUCACCCUGGAGGUGGUGAUAAUGGAAGUGCAGGGUCUGAGGUCUUUGGCUCCAAACAGGAUUGUUUACUGCACCAUGGAGGUUGAGGGAGGACAUAAACUGCAGACAGAUCAGGCUGAGGCCUCAAAACCCAUUUGGGGUACCCAGGGCGACUUCACCACCACUCAGCCACUGCCUGCUGUGAAGGUGAAGCUGUUUACUGAGAGCACAGGAGUGUUAGCUCUGGAAGAUAAGGAGCUGGGGAGGGUUGUUCUCCACCCGACUCCCAACAGUCCUAAGCAGUCUGAACUCCAUAAGAUGACAGUGUGUAAAGGCUGCUCAGACAGUGACCUCAAGAUCAAACUGGCCAUUCGCAUGGACAAACCACAGAACAUGAAGCAUUGUGGGUACCUUUGGGCCAUUGGCAAAAAUGUAUGGAAAAGAUGGAAGAAAAGAUUCUUCGUGCUAGUCCAGGUAAGUCAGUACACCUUUGCCAUGUGCAGCUACAGAGAGAAGAAGGCCGAGCCUGUAGAACUCCUUCAGCUGGAGGGCUACACGGUGGACUAUACUGACCCCCAGCCAGGUCUCGACGGUGGCAGAACAUUUUUCAAUGCAGUAAAAGAGGGUGACACUGUGAUCUUUGCCAGUGAUGACGAGCAAGACCGUAUCCUAUGGGUGCAGGCAAUGUACCGGGCCACUGGUCAGUCCCACAAGCCCGUCCCUCCGACCCAGGUCCAGAAACUCAACGCAAGGGGAGGCACAACACCACAGCUCGAUGCACCUAUAUCUCAGUUCUAUGCUGAUCGAGCCCAGAAGCAUGGCAUGGACGAGUUUAUUUCAGCUAACCCCUGUAACUUUGACCACGCCUCGCUGUUUGAGCUUGUCCAGCGCCUCACUCUGGACCACAGGCUUAAUGACUCAUAUUCCUGCUUGGGCUGGUUUAGUCCUGGUCAGGUGUUUGUCUUGGAUGAGUACUGUGCUCGUUAUGGUGUUCGAGGCUGCCAUCGCCAUCUAUGUUACCUGAGCGAUCUGCUGGAGAGGGCAGAGAAUGGAGCCAUGAUUGAUCCCACACUGCUGCACUACAGCUUCGCCUUCUGUGCAUCCCAUGUCCAUGGAAACAGGCCCGACGGUAUCGGCACAGUCACUGUUGAGGAGAAAGAGCGCUUUGAGGAGAUCAAGGAGAGGCUACGGGUGCUUCUUGAAAACCAGAUUACACACUUCCGGUACUGUUUUCCAUUUGGAAGACCUGAAGGGGCAUUGAAGGCAACUCUGUCCCUGCUCGAAAGGGUUUUAAUGAAAGAUAUUGUCACCCCAGUCCCACAAGAGGAAGUCAAAGGUGUGAUCCGUAAGUGUUUGGAGCAGGCAGCUCAGGUCAAUUACCAGCGUCUGUCAGAGUAUGCAAAGCUGGAAGGGAAAAAGAGAGAGAUGUAUGAGCAUCCUGUCUUCUGCUUGGCCUCUCAAGUGAUGGAUUUAACGAUUCAAAAUGUGGGAAGGCUUGCCACCCCUGCCAAAAAACUGGAGGACACGAUCCGUUUGGCUGAGCUGGUGAUUGAGGUGCUUCAGCAGAAUGAGGAACAUCAUGCUGAGGGAAAAGAGGCCUUUGCAUGGUGGUCAGAUCUGAUGGUGGAGCAUGCUGAGACCUUCAUGUGUCUCUAUUCGACCGAGAUGGAUGCAGCUCUUGAAGUUCAGCCACCUGACAGCUGGGACAGUUUCCCUCUCUUCCAGCUGCUCAAUGACUUUCUGAGGAUGGACUAUAACUUGUGCAAUGGGAAGUUCCACAAACACUUGCAAGACCUGUAUGCCCCCCUGGUAGUCCGAUAUGUUGACCUGAUGGAGUCUUCCAUUGCUCAGUCUAUUCACAGAGGCUUUGAAAGAGAAUCAUGGGAACCGGUUAAUAAUGGCUCAGGGACAUCAGAAGAUCUCUUCUGGAAGCUUGAUGCUUUGCAGACAUUCAUCAGAGAUCUCCACUGGCCAGAAGAAGAGUUUGGAAAACACCUUGAGACCCGACUGAAGCUGAUGUCUAGUGACAUGAUAGAAUCCUGUGUCAAACGGACAAGGACAGCCUUUGAGGCCAAGCUUCAGAGGAGCAGCCGGACCACAGACUUCCGAGUGCCUCAAUCCAUCUGCACCAUGUUCAAUGUCAUGGUGGACGCCAAGGUCCAGUCAGCCAAGCUGUGUGCCAUGGACCUGGGGCAGGAGAGGCAAUAUCACUCCCAAAUCAACAAUCUAAUUGAGGAGACGGUGAAGGAGAUGAUUACUCUGCUAGUAGCUAAGUUUGUCGUCAUUCUAGAGAGUGUGUUAACCAAGCUUUCCAGAUAUGAUGAGGGAACACUCUUCUCUUCUUUCCUGUCUUUCACAGUAAAAGCUGCUUCGAAGUAUGUGGACGUGCCUAAGCCAGGGAUGGAUGUAGCUGACAGUUAUGUGACAUUUGUCCGUCAUUCCCAGGACAUGCUGCGGGAGAAGGUCAAUGAGGAGGUGUAUGUAGAGCGAAUAUUUGAUGUAAGUAAGCUACAGCAUUGCCUCUUUUCUCCAAGUCAAAGAGUAACACCAAAGUUUCAUUUACUUCAUUUGCGCUUAAUGUGCAGCUGUCAGGUAAAUAUUUAGUUUCACAUCUUUGCAAGUGAAAAGAGAACAGUAAAUGUUCGCAAAUAUUAAAGGUUUGCUUGGUUUUUUUUAAAGGUUUUUUUUUAAUUAAUGUAUAGUUGGAGGUGAGUUAAACAAACCAAACACACAGCACUUUAAGCUACUGCAGUUCUUACAUUCAGUGUAACAGAGAUUCCAAAUAACAAACAUAGGCAACGAGAUUGGCUGUUUGUUAUUUGUUACUGCUGGACAAGAACAAAUGCCAAUAACUGCAAGCAGAUAAUUUCAGGAGGAUCCAAGGCCUGUACAAAAGUGUACAAAAAAAUAGUUCGCUCUUUCUGCAUGUGAUAUAUACAAUGAGUGAGUUGAUAUAUUUACAAAAAGUGCCAUGUAAAGAUCAUGUAACAGGCACAAAGCCUGACAUGACUAAGGCCUCUUCGCAAGAAGUACAGAGAGUUAUUACAGAGAUUUGGAGGCCAAGGAUAGAACAGGAAUGCUGCUGGAAUCCAAAAUGUCCAGAUGUAGGGAGGAAAACAUACAGCAGCUGAUAUUUCAAUAUGAAGCUCACAAACUCAGCAAUGCGCAGAGGGACAUUCAGAGACUGUAAGAAAGUGGAAAGGUCACAGUGUCUUAUUAAAACAGUACACAGGUUGUUUUUUUUUAAUAAAAAGACAAAAAAAAAAUAAGCAAACAAGCAAAACUGGCAGUUACUAAUGUUUUGUAAACUCUGAAGAGUACACAGAGCUCAGGGCUUUUGUUAACAGGUGAUACAAAUUCCCAUAGUCAACACUCUACUCCAUAGCUUAGAGUGCAUUGACGUAUAUUUCAAUUACUGCCUCACAGGAGAGGAGAAAAGCCAAAUGCAAGACAUUGACGUUGACACCCAGGUUUGUGAAUGUGAUAACUCAGGGAUGAGGCAAUGUAGGAGUUUGAAAUUGAUACCUCAGUGCAUCUAUUAAAAAUCUCGGAAGGUCUCAUUGACCUCAACCGUAAGGUCAAAGGUCAAUGAGAUUCAUGAGAGUCAAAGUUUUCUGAAAAUCUUGUGAAUGUGCUAAUUUGAGAAUGAGGGGAAGUAGGUUUUUGAAUUGAUGCCAUAGGUGUUUCUAUGGCAAGCCGAGGGGUAGCACUGGCAGCCGACAGUACUAGUUUAAAAACCUCUGGUUAACUUGCAUGCAUUACAGUUAUAUUAAAGUGCAUUAAGACAAACCUUAAAAAUUUACAGUAGUGUUCAAGAGUCUUGAGCCAUCUAACCUCUAUUUGUAUUUUGAUAGAAAAAUGAAAUAUAGGUACAGUGAUUUACUGAAAUGUUCAAACAUACGUGGAAAUACAGUUUAUAAAACACUGUAAAGGCAGAGUUUGUAUUCUGUUUGAAAGUCGAUCUUUGGUAUGACGAAGUUUACUCUUCAACACCAUCUGAACUCUGUCCAAGCCCACUUGUAAUUUCUGUAACUACUCCUCAAGAAAGGUUCUUCAUGCUUCGUGAAGGACAUUUCAAAGUUGCUCUUAGAUGUUGGCUGCCCUCUGUUAUGUUUGUCAUCAAGAUGAUCACACACGGCUUCAGUAAUGAUUUGGUCCAAGCUCUUAGGAGGUGAAUCUAUGACAGAUAAUGUUCCAUUAUGUGUUUUUCUAUCCAGGUAUGCUUUCACUGCAUUGAUAUUUUGAUUGGGGUCAUUGUUAUUCUGAAAAAUGAAGUUGUUGCUAUCCAUCCAUUCUCUUCCACUUAUUCAAUUCAAGGUUGCUGAGGAGCUCAAGCCUAUCCCAACUACCAUAAACAGGCCAUAAUAUUAGACAGGUCACCAGGCUGUCCCAGGGCUAACAUAGAGAAAGAGACAACUUUUCCCACUCGUGGGUAAUUUAGAAUCACUGAUUAACCAUCUUCAGUAACUGAAUAUCUUUGGACUUUGGGAGGAAGCUGGAGAAAACCCACAAAAAUGGGAGAACUUGCAAACUUUACACAGAAAGAGAUUCGAGAUUCAAACCCAGGCUCUUCUUGCUAUGAGCCCACAGUGCUAACCACCCUGCCACCACACUGCCAGCUUAUAGUUAGGACUGGAUUAGGUGAUCAUGAAUCCACCCUUCGAGGCGUCCCUUUUUCACUCACUGUGUGUUUAUACACCACUAUGCCUUUAAUUAUGAGUUAUUAAUAAUCUUUGGCUCUCUUCCACAGCAUGUCUUUUGUCCUGUCUCCCUCCCCUCACCCAAACUGGUCAAUGAGCUUUCUAAUGCCGGAGGUUUCUUCCUGUUAAAAGGGAGUUUUUCCUUUCCACUAUUGCCAAAGUGCUUGUUCACAGAGGGUCAUCUGAUUGCUGGAGUAAUUCUGUAUUCUUUUGGGGUAUUUACCUUACAAUAUAAAGCACCUUUAUAGGGACUGUUGUUGUGAUUUGGCACUAUAUAGAUAAAAUUGAAUUGAAUUGUUAACCCCUUCAGACUUGUUGCUGAUUUCAAGUCCAGUUCUUGUGUAGUCUGGCAUGCUUCAGCCUUUUCUGAUGAUUCUGUUCCUUAAGAUUGGCUUCUGGACAGCCGUCCUUCCAAUGAGACCAAAUCUAAUGAGAAACAGGACAUGGAUUAACUGAUGGGUCAUUUGCAUCACUGUGUGAGGUCUGGAUUUUUUUCUGUAUUUCCCCAUUGUUUAUUUGCUCUAAAUAGUUUUUCACAGCUGUCAGUUCUUCUUUUGCUCUCAACUUGUUUAACUGCUGGGAUGUUUCACUCGUGUUUGAAGCUUUCUGAAAAAUGUGGCUAAUCACAGUUAGAUUUGAAGAGCUUUUCCCCUUAAUAAACUUCUUUGUCACAAUUUGUUUGAUGAUUUGAAAACUAUCCCAAAAAGUUUCAUAGCACUUUAGGUGUCAUAUUUGAUGACUUUUCUUGGCAGAGUUUAAUUUAAUGGCCUGGCUUCCUUUCUUAUUAAACAUACACUUCCAGUCACUGUGACCAAAUAGUUCAGUCUUUGUGCCAUUAGACCACAAUAGAAAAGAUUUCCAUCUGGGCAACUACAAAUUUCUGUUGAGUUUAAAUGUAUUGAUUUUGGAGCAGGGUUUUUUUUUGUUGUUGUUGCAACCCUUUCUGUCCCGUUCUGUCUUGCUUCACUAUGGACAAUGACACUGGUGUUCCAGUAGUUUCCAGUUCAUGGCUGACCUGAGCAUUGGUAGUUCUUCCUGAACAUCCUAAAACAUGUUUUUAUCAUUUUCUUCUGAUUUUGGCAAAUAAUGAACUUGUUUUUUGUUUAUUGGUAUUCAUGCCAGCAAAGGGCAGCUACCAGUUAUAGUCAAUCAGCAUCAUUAAGAAUAAUGUAAUAGGCCUGGGUUUUGCCAAGUUAAAAUACAAUAUAGAAAAUUCAGCAAUACCUAUUAAAUAAUGUAAAUGUUUUUGUGUAUAUUUGACCCUGUGUAGACCAGAAAAAAGUAAUUGAAACUUGUGCACCAAAUAUUUGUUUUUUAAAAUCACUGAAGACUUUAGACAGCUGUAGGAGCCAUUCCACCCUGGAAAAAGAACAGUUCAAAGGAAUCAAAAGGGCAAAAUAAGCAUUAGUGGGUACACAUUUGUGACCACAACUAUAGGUGCUUUUAUUAUGCAUGAAUGACUCAUAGAUUGGUAUCAAGCGGUAUAACAAACACACAAAAUGUUCGACACAAAAUGUUAAGGCACAAGGACUGGACUCCAAGUGAGUGAAAAAGCAGCUAAUGACCAAAAAGCCUUUAUAAGACGUUCAGAAGACCUUGGGAAACCACUGCUCAAAACCGCUUUAAAAAAUUAUGAACAUCUGGCUCCUUGCAAACAAACUAUAAAGUAACGAGGGGCUACUCAAGACUUUCACAGUACUAAUACUGUGUAUACUACUGUAUUGACAAUAAAGCUCUUGAAUCUUGAAUGAAUCUUAUUGAAUGCAGAAAUAUCCGAUUUAGUUUUAAAUGGUUAUUAACCCUUUAAAGCUGGUCAGAGCAGCACACUCCGUUUUGCUCAACUAUUUUUUAAAUCCCUGUAGAACCGGAACCAUGUAAGCUAGCGCAAUAAUUUUUUUUGCAUAUGAAACCGGAGGAG